GAUUAAAUCAAUUGUUGCCAACAUAACCAGCAUCGCCACAAUACAUAUUCUUUCUAUCAAGUGAAAAAUGGCUCACCGCGGUGGUAAUUCUCGUCGUAAUCAAGAUAUCGACACUACGAUCACUUCUGUGCAAUGUGAUGGACUGGCCGUUAUGAAGAUGGUCAAACAUUGCCAUGAAGAAUCGCUUAGUAAUAUGGAUGUAGCUCAAGGAGCACUUUUGGGAUUGGUUGUUGACAAACGUUUGGAGAUCACCAACUGUUUCCCAUUUCCGAAAAUUCCCGACGAAACAAUGGACGAAGAAGAAUACCAAUUGGCUAUGAUGCGUCGUCUCCGACGUGUCAAUGUGGAUCAUUUCCAUGUCGGCUGGUACCAGAGUUCUGAUGUUGGAAAUUUCUUGUCACUGCCGCUGUUGGAGUCUCAAUACCAUUACCAAACCAGCAUUGAAGAGUCUGUGGUGGUCAUUUAUGACACCCAAAAGUCGGCCCGUGGUUUUUUGACGCUGAAAGCGUAUCGAUUAACGCCUCAGGCGAUAGCCAUGUACAAGGAGGGAGACUUUACACCGGAUGCACUGAGACAGUUGAAGAUCAGUUACGAGAGUCUGUUUGUUGAGGUGCCGAUUGUCAUUAGAAACUCAGCCCUAACGAAUAUCAUGAUGUCCGAGCUGUCGGAAAUGGUUCCCGAAGAAGAUGGCACUCAUUUUCUUGAUCUGGGCACCGCGUCAGUGUUGGAGAAUCAUUUGAGAUGUUUGAUGGAACGCGUUGACGAACUGAAUCAAGAAGCCACUAAAUUCAAUAAAUACCAACAAAUGGUCAAUCGUCAAGAACAGGAGAAACAUCGAAUGCUGGCCAAACAUGUGCAAGAAAAUGACAUGCGCAAGAACAGAGGCGAAGAACCACUGCCGGAAGAGGAUGUCACAAAAGCAUUCCGUCCGAUCCCAGUUCCGCCAAGAUUGAAUUCGAUGAUCGUUUCCGGACAAAUCAACACGUAUUCUCAACAUAUUUCGCAGUUUUGCUCACAAUCGCUGGCUAAGCUGUACAUUACCCAAGCUCUUCAAAAAGCUAAGGAAAAUCGAAAUUAAUUUUGUAGACGCAACUGUUCGUGUUUCUUGUGGAUGAAUGUGAUGAAUAAAAGCUGGCAUUCAAAAGG